AUGUGGAAUUUGCGUAUUCUUCAAUGGUUAAACGGCGCAAGUGGAGAAUCUAUUAUUGCAGGCACUGGAGUUCAGGAUGCGUCUGGCAAUAUCUACGCAACGAGUAAUACAGCAAAUACAGUUACUCGUUAUCCGCAAGGUUCAACCAGUGGUACAGUUAUGGUUUCAAGCGGUUUAACCUACCCAUGGGGUCUUCGAUUUGAUACGUAUGGCAACUUAUACGUAGUUGAUGAUGGUAGUGGAACAAUCGUCAUGUUUUGCGCUGGUUUUACGGCCGGUUCAGUUGGCACUAUUGUUGCAAGUGGACUCAAUCAGCCACUUGAUGUUGCUUUUGAUUCCAACAUGAAUAUGUACGUCUGUGAAUAUGGAAAUAAUCGAAUAGUGAAGUUUACCAAAGUACCUUAG